AUGCAAUCCAGUUCGGCUUCUACGAGCCCUACCAGUCCUUUCACGACCAACUCCAUCCAAAGCGACCCCACUUCUGACGAACUACCUGAUCUUGGUGAAUUCACAGCUGUGUUUCGUCAAGUUCGAGCAUGGAACCAGCAACCACUUCCACGUGCACACCGGCCGCAGCUUUCCAGCUCUGCUACCUCCUCCUCUAUGGAGCUCGAGUCAUCUGAGGUGUCUCUGGUUCCUACUCCAGAUGGCUCCACGGUCUGGUCCCGUCGACCAAUAGCUUCAUAUCUCAACAGUGUCUCUACGAUUGACAUCGAUACACAUUCCUCCAGCCCCGGCUCAGGGUCAAAUACUGAAGGCGACACUCACACACUUGAACUCGACCUGGUUGACCCUGUCGACUACGAGCUGUCUGAUGUUGAAUUAGACACUCAACCUUCAUUGGGACUAUUAGAUGGCGCACUUAGUUUUUUGGCUGCAGAACGUGCGCGAUGGACUGCACAGCGCGAGGCGGGCACAGCCGUAAACGAGGCAACCUGGAAGCAUGUUGUUGAACCACGUCGCAAGCGCCGUAGGAAACGCCGCAGUGCCAAACCCGACGAUAAUUCCCAAAUGGAAAUAACUGAGGACGUCGACUCUUCGUCUUCAUUCGAUUACACCACGACAACUACAACGACCACCCAUAAAUCCGUUCCUUCCACCCCCGCGCGCUCACGCAAGGACAAACGGAGACAACAGGCACUCGCUACCACAUCUGGCAGUCCUACUCGCGUCCUUAUUCAUAGCAAGAGUACCCCGCAAUUACGACCAAUAGCAUUAUUAGACGAGACUCAUCCGCGCCAUGCCCGUGUCAUUAGACUGCGUAGUCUGGCCAAGAAGCUAGGAAAACUUUUCCCUGCUGAUGAACCACUGCUUAACAGUAUCAUUUCCGAUGACUUUGGGCAAGAUGACGUUGACCCUCGUGGCCUACCGCCGGGAGAGAAUGACGCGCUUAUCCAUGUCUUCAUUGACCAUUCCAACAUUCUUAUCGGCCUGCUCUCCCACCUCAAGAGGAAUCCCCGGGUACUCAACUCGACGCCGUCAAAUGCGGGUCAGACUCUUGUCGCCACACCUGCUCCGAAUGCUGCCUUUACCUUUCCUCUCAAAUCGGGUCAACGUUUGCGACAUCUUUCUCACUCUGCAUUAGCUCUCAUCCUUGAACGUGGACGGCCUAUCUCUCGACGGGUCCUUGUAACCUCGAGCCCGUUGUACCAGUCCAUGGCUGUUGCGGAGAGCCUUGGCUAUGAAGUUAGAAUUUAUGCUCGAGUACCUGAUCUCGGGGAUGGUGCCGACAGAAGUGGUCUAGUGAAUCCGAGGCCUGGCCACCACGGCAGGAGCCUAAGUGCAGGAACAGGAGUGAUCGGAUCAACGAAUCUGAUGGCGUCAAACGCGGUAGAUGAAGGGAAACGGCGCAAGGGACAUGUCCGCAGAACAUCAGGAAGUAAUUCCACUGAAAGCGAAUACACUCAUGGGUUUCCUCAAGCUUUCAUCCGGAGUCUUGGUCUUGGUGAAAGCUCGGCGUCCCUUCCAACGACGACAUCUCUUCCAUCUCCUUCAACAGGAACGCCGACAAAGAUUCGUUAUCGUGAACAAGGUGUUGACGAAUUGUUGCAGCUCAAGCUACAUCAGGCUUUGGCUGCUAUUGAUGGACCCCCACCAAGUGGUUCCACGAUCGUCCUUGCCACGGGAGACGGCAAUGUUGGGCAGUUCAACGAAGACGGCUUCUUGGGGCCCGUCCGGACGGCCCUCAAGAAGGGCUGGGUGGUAGAGCUGUACGCUUGGGAGGAAGGCUUAAGUCGGGCUUGGAUGCGGGAGUUCGGUGAAUGGGCCAAACCUCGAAUCGAGGAGGGAGAGACGUUAGGUCGUUUCCGUAUCGUGGCUUUGGAGCAGUUUGCCGCAGAACUCUUGGAAAUAUAUUAA